GUUUUUCAUAUCGCUGCGAGUGUGGGCAUGGUUAACAUCUCAUGCAGGAGAUAAACCAACAUUCGACAUAGCUUUGCCUCGUUAACUACGCGUACUUGUAUAAUAUUCAUUUCUGUUUAUAGAUGCAAUCAUUACCAUCUCAGCAUCAGCCCUGUCAAGAUUAAAGUUGAAAUCAUAAAAAGAUAAUUAAAAGAAAACGGAAAAAUUAAAAAUAUCAGUGCUUUCUAAGGCGUUUUCAAGUUAUCCUUAAAAAAAAUUGUGAAAAAUUAAAAAAACCACAAAACAAAAAUGUCAGAGUGCAUAAAAAAUGUUAAUGCCAAUGGAACAAAUUUAAGUAUACCACCCAUGAAGGUGGCCAUUAUUGGUGGAGGUUUAGUGGGUUCAUUGGCUGCCUUAAACUUUGCCCGCAAUGGUCACAAUGUGCAUCUCUAUGAGUAUCGAGAGGAUAUACGUACCGCCGAACUGGUGCAGGGACGCAGCAUAAAUUUAGCCUUAUCACAACGAGGACGAAAAGCAUUGUCAUCUGUGGGUUUGGAAGAGGAGGUGUUGGCCACAGCUAUACCUAUGAGGGGUCGCAUGUUGCAUGACAUUAAAGGCCGAACAUCAGUGGUGUUGUAUGAUCCUUGUACCAAUGAAUGCUUGUAUUCGGUGGGACGCAAGCAUUUAAAUGAGAUUUUAUUGAAUGCGGGUGAAAAGUUUCCCAAUAUCCAUUAUCAUUUUGAACAUAAACUCAAAAAGGCCAACUUUAAUGAGGGUUCCAUGAGUUUUCAACGUCCUUACGAGGAAAAGGAUGCUGUAGCCACGGCUGAUCUGAUUGUGGGUGCUGAUGGUGCUUUCAGUGCUGUACGCCAACAAAUGUCCAAGACAUUGGGUUUCAAUUACUCACAGGAAUAUAUUGAACAUGGCUAUUUGGAGCUGUGCAUACCGGCUAAGAAUGAUGAAUUUCAAAUGCCUCCCAACUAUCUGCAUAUAUGGCCCAGAAAUGAAUUCAUGAUGAUAGCUUUGCCCAAUCAGGAUAAAUCCUUUACGGUUACUCUCUCAAUGCCUUUCAAAGUUUUCCAGGGUAUACAGAGCCAUCAGGAAUUGUUGGAUUUUUUCAGAAAAUACUACACAGAUGCUUUGCCUUUGAUAGGGGAAGAAAUGCUUAUCAAGGAUUUUUUCAAAUCCAAGCCACAAUUUUUAUUAUCCAUUAAAUGUAAUCCCUUUCACUAUGGCGAUAAGGCUUUGCUUUUAGGAGAUGCUGCCCAUGCUAUGGUACCCUAUUAUGGUCAGGGUAUGAAUGCUGGCAUGGAGGAUUGUUCGAUUUUCUUUUCGAUACUCCAUCAACCACACAUAACAUUGGCCAGAGCCUUGGAACAAUUCACCGAGACCAGGGUGCAGGACGCCCAUGCCAUUUGUGAUCUGGCCAUGUACAAUUAUGUGGAGAUGCGAGAUCUUACUAAACGUUUCUCAUUCAAAUGCCGUAAAUUCUUGGAUACCACCCUAUUUCGUUUCUUUCCCAGUGUAUGGGUACCUUUGUACAACAGUGUCUCCUUUACAAGUAUGCCCUAUAGCAAGUGCAUAGCCAACCGAGAGUGGCAAGAUGAGAUUCUAAAGAAAGUUUUUGGUGCCACAUUAUUUUUUGCGCUGACAUUAAGUGGAGCCUUUAUUUAUGUUAAUAACAUGUAGCCAAUGUUUUUCGGAAGAGUACCUUAUUGUUCACCCAUAUCAAGUAAAGAAGUUUAGAUUUAAUAAACCUAAAAUAGUUUGUAGAUAAA